CUUCAGAUAUACCACUAUUAGUUGCCAAUUUAACUGCAAAAAGAUUAUCGUCGGGAUUAUGCCCCAACAGAGACCCUGAUAUCGAUAUCUUUGCAAGUUAAUAUUUGCAUCGCAGGGCGUAUGUCACCGGUAACUAAGCAACCAAUUCAAGUGGAAAUUAGCAUAGUUGUCAGUGGGAGGUCACGCGAUCCACGUAAAAAUUCUUGUUUCCUUCUAAGUUUUUGCGAGCAGAUAUCUUUGCGUUAAAACAGCACAAAGAUGGUGGUCCAUUCUAGAAUUCUUCUCUCUAAGUGUUCCCAGUUCCGUAGAGAAGGUGAAUUUAUCGACAUACGUUUGAAAGUGGGUGAUUCACUUUUCCCAGCUCACCGAGUUGUACUCGCUUCGUAUAGCGAUUAUUUCCACUCCAUAUUUACUGAUGGGAAAGAAGCAAACCAGGAAGUGAUCGAAAUGAAAGACAAAAGCAUUUCACCGGAGAUAUUCAAGAUCGUUAUGGACUCUAUCUACGCUGGUGAUCUUCAUGUCAACCAGAAGAGCAUAUUUGAGGUUCUUCUCGCUGCUAGUCAGCUUCAAAUCGCAAGUGUUGUUCAACUGUGUUGUGAUUUCGUAAAGAAGGAAUUCAUAGAAAACAGAAUUGACCUGAAGAACUAUUCUGUGCUGUGUACAGUCGCCGAAAGACUCGGUUUGAGAGAUCUGCAAGAGGCAGCAGAGGCCAAGAUGGCAUCCAUGUACAAAGAUGUUUGCGAAACUAAAGAAUUCCUGACUCACAUCAAUGCAGAUCAACUACUCAGCCUUCUUGGUCGAGACGACCUCAGUUCACCCUCUGAAGCUUUUGUCUUCAAAUCAGUGAUGAAGUGGAUCAAAUACAAAGGAGAAGAGAGGAUGCCAGUUGCUGGAAAAGUUAUCGGAGCUGUUCGCCUGGGGCUGGUAGACGUUAAGAUUGUGAUUGAAGAGUUGAAAACAGAAGAAAUGCAGCGAUUUCCAGAGGUAAACAUGCAUCUGCAAGAAUCCAUGAUGCAUCACAUCAUGCCUUCUCUUGAGUUUUCCGAAGAGAAAGUUAAACCUCGAUCAAUGAGACCGGUGAGUGAACAGCUAAGCUCUUUAACUGCUUCCUUUAUCUACAACGCAGCUUUUGUUGAGAUCUCACAGUACACUGAGUUUCAUAACAACUAGCUCCAAGUUUUGACAUUCCUGAAGUGUCAUUUGCAUGUUAAUUCGUUGUCCUGAUUCUAUCAGCGACAGAGUUCGAUGAUUUUCAUUGAGAAUCGGUCAAUUAGUCAGUCCGCCACUUGAUCAAGAAAGCAAGUUUUUAUCUAUGCACGGGGUAUCUAUAUUUAAAAUAACCCAGAGACUGCAUGCUGUGUUGUCCGUACCGUGAUCGAUUAAAACUAUUUCAAUAAAAAUAUACAUGCGCAACAAAUUAAACAUCUACUCUAGUAUAUUUUUGGAGCCUUAAAUUGAAUACUUUCUUUGCAAAAAAAUUCCAGAAUGUCAGCUGAAAAGAGGAAUAUUCAAACGAUUGUGUCUUGUUUUAGGUGCUCGUUGCCAUUCACCCUACGUCCUGUGUAAGGGUACCCGAGGCAUCUCAAAGUGCAAAGAGCAUCAAGUACGGUGCGUAUAGACGUAUGUCACCACAGUGUAUAGCUUAUUUCUUUGAUUUCGAAGCGAAGCUAUGGAAACCUUUGCCAUCUGUGGCACAACCAGAUGAAAAAACUACAGCAAGCUUGUGUGCUGAACGCAUUGGAAACUACUUAUUUGUAGCUCAACAGAGGCAGGAAAAAGUUAAUUUCAUACAUCGAUAUGAUGUGGUAAAUAACUCAUGGGUUGAAUUACCAAAAUACGGAAACAACCACGAAGUUAACUGCUUGUGUUCUGUUGGCGACUAUCUUUACGCCAUUAGUGAGUCAAAUCCUCCUCAAAGGUACAGUUUGACAAAUAACAGCUGGCAAGGUGGAGAAGGCUUAAAAGUAGGGGGAAACAAGGAGAAGUUAAGUACUGUAGCAGCAACAGUAACGAACUCUAAAAUAUAUGUAAUUCAUGGUUAUCAAAUCGCUAAAAGUGAAGGGAUAAACCCCAGCUGGGUCAAUCAACCAGCUGUGGUUCAUUGUUUUGACCCAGAAUAUAAUGUGUGGACAAAACUCGCGUCAACCUUUCAUCCUCAUUUUAAAUCCAGUCUUUUUGUUGUCAAUAACAGACUGUGUGUGGCGGGGGGGAAUAUUGAUGGUUAUAGUUACCGUGCACCUGUGGAAGUGUACGAUGAAGGUACUAACACCUGGUCUGUAGUGUCUCAGGAACAUAUUCCCCCUAACAACUUGGGUGCAGUUGAAAUAGAGGGGAGGGUGUAUUUCAUCAUCAACAAAUUUCCAGUUGACAGCGGAAUUAGAAUUCCACCUGAGGAAAGGGUAUCAAGUUGACUUAAGUGGUUGGGAAGAUGUAGCUAAAGUCAGAAGUGGAGCAGUUUUGUGUUAUUUGCCUGUCAAGAGCGAAAACUUGAAAUGAACCCAGCAAGGAAAAAAAUUUCAGAUCAUGAAUGACACUUGUGCUGAAUUUGAGCUUCUCUUAGGUAUAUGAGAUAUAAAAGAGAAACUGAUUGGUAACUUAAUAUAAAGAAAAUUAGUGGUUCUGCGAAAUACACUAUUUAUUUCUAAGCCCAUUUUUUUAACAAAGUCAGUGGGAAAAGACCGUACAUAUGCAUGUGAUAGGUUGUGAUCUAACUUGUGAUGUAUCAUUCAAGGUUUCAUAUGCAUGUAUAACAUCAUUUAUAAAUAAAUUUCAUCCAAUUUCUUGUAAAACUGGCUACUUAUGUUUGUGUUACUAGUUAUAUGUCCGUGACAGACAUAUAAUCUGGUGGUCCCAGGUUCCAGAUUUCCACCCCGUUGACAAUUGAAUUCCUUCGAAUUCUCGCUUGCCCUAGCCUGAGUCAGUUCACCCUCCUUGGCUGCAUGCACUCUGUAAAUAACGAACUGGUCAGCCUCCUGCCUUUUGGAAAAUUCAACUAGUUUAUUUUUAUUGAAAGGCCUCCAUGAUUAUCAUUGUCGAAGAUAUAAUGAUUGUAUUUUUAACAUAAUUAUCAUCAUUAUUAUUACCCAUUAUUACACGCAACAGAGGGUCAGUUUAUGCUUUCUUGAGCCACGCAAAAGUUAUUCAUAUUUUACCCGUUACGUUGAGACUUAACAUGAAUUAUCUUUGCUGAUAUCGUAGAUUGUUUUAAGGAUCACGUCCGCAAUUAGCCCCCGGAAAGAAAAAUAUAUGGCGGGAGAAGGAGAAUAGAACUUGACAGAAAAUGUAAAAUGUGAGUGGAUAACGGAGAAUUAAAAGUGUAAGUCUCUGACGUUAGAAUUUUUUUAAAAUCGCAUUCUGUUGUCUAAUACAUUAGUAAUACAGUAGUGAAAUAGAAAAAGAAAGCAGUUUCAAUGGCUGGAUACAUCAUGUUUCAUUCAAAUACCGCAUCUAAAAAUUAGUUUAAGUCCUGAAGACAAAACCACCCUCAAUACCAAAAUUGAUCUGGAGGCAUCAGACAAUGAAUCGUAAUAAAGGGGGGUAAGUUUCUAUAGAAAUUGUGGUGCUGCGUCGAUGGCAGAGUAUAACAGGGUAAUUUAAUUUUAUCAACUGAGUUGAUAAUGCAAAUUGGCCACCGUAAAGAGUUUUAAAGCUUACGUUUCAAGCGUUAACCCUUCGUCAUACCGAUAGACACAGCCUUAGAGAAGUUAAGAAGGCCGCAGAUCACAAGAUGGCAUCCAUGUACUCAGAUGUUAGAGAAAGGGAAGAGUUCCUGUCGAAUAUCGACGCAGACCAACUACUCAGCCUUCUCAGUCAAGAUGACUACAACGUACCUUCGGAGACGCUCAUCUUCAAAUAAUUAAUGCAAUGGAUUAAACAAAAGAGUGAGGAGAGGAUGACUGUUGCAGCCAAAGUUAUUGGAGCUGUUCGUCACGGACUCGUGGAUAUACGAGAGCUAAUCACUGAGCUUGACACGCAAGAAAAAAUGCGAAUGCUUCCAGAAAUAAAUACGUUUUUGCUUCAGUUGCUCUUGUACAGUUACCAGCCUUCAAGUAGCUUCGAGUUAGCUACAAACAAAACAAAACCGAGGUCCAUGAAAUCAGUAAGGCAAACACUAUUGAUCUUUCUAAAUCUCAGGAUCUCUGAGUUCGAUAGUCCUAAAUUACAAUGACAUUAUUAACAUUUAAUAAAGAAAGUUGAAAUACAAUAUUACACCUUUUCAAGCCUAAUAUAUACCACUAUAAGCAUAAGCUAUCUCUUAAGUCAGAAUACUGGAUGGAAUAGAAUAGGAUGACAGCAAAGAACGAAGCCAGGGAAAACUUCCUUGAUUCAUUGAUGUUUUCAGGCUAAAGAUCAAUCUGUUGGGCAAAAUCAGUUAUAAAGUAUUGCAAGCUGCAAUCACUAUGGAUUGAAAAAAAGAUAGGUGAAACUUAACAUUCCACAUAAAUCUCUUCCAUAAAGUUUACUCAUAGUGUCACUGGUUAAAAAUUUGGCCAGUCCAAAUGGGAAAAAAUAAACUUUUUGAAAGUAUUGAAAUGUUCCGUGAGAUCGAUGAUUCGAAGGCACAUGACAACAAAUUGACGUCAUUUUUUAGAUGGAUCCGGGAUUUAGUGAAGGAGGGAUCGAUUAAUGUCCGCCUGGAAGAACCAACCCAGGAGGUCGGGGGGCAGCACCCCCUGGAAAAGUAAAUUUCAAUGCGAUGAUUGCAGGUUCUUUUACGCCUUUGAACCAAUUCAUCUCUGUUUUAAGCUAUUUUAAACAUCCACUGUGUUUACUGACGGGUCUGUUUUUUGUAGCAGAACCGAGGAAAAGAGACUUCAUUGGUGUCGUGAUUGACGUAAACGUGAAACACAUUUUCCUUAUCGAAUAAAAUUUACAAUAGCUUGCUCUACCCUGUUCACUCAACUCAAUCAUUUUGGUCUCAUCUUGGUAGGUUCUUGUGGCCAUUAUUCCUCAAACCCAGAUGCUGUACUUUGAUUUUGAAACCAAAAACUGGAAACAUCUACCAUUCUUGGCUCAAUUGACUGAGACAGAAUAUGCAGAAUACGUUGUUAAUCACUUGUAUGUGGCGGCAGAGAAGGGGCCGGAAAGAUUUCAUUACGUGUCAUUAUGAUGCAGUUACUGAUACUUGAGGGUCAUUACCAACUAUCUUAGGGUGUAAGCAUCAGAUCGAUUCCUUAUGUUCUAUUGGUGAUUAUAUCUACGCAAUUAGAGAAUCGACGCCACCCCAUAGAUUAGGUUUGAUUAGUUUAAAAACAAAUCAAUGGCAGUGUAUAAGACCAUUUUUACACCGAAGGAACUUGUCCAAAUAAAUUUUGUAGUGAAGCGUCCGCAGGUUUCUCAGUCAACUCAUGUUUUUUCGUAUUUCAGGAUCAAAGGGAAAAAACUUUUUACAAAGACGGGUCCUCAAGGCAUGGGAGGGGGGGCAUACCCAAUGGAACAGGUGCAGCCCCGGUUGAAGUUUAUGAUGAGCAAAACAACAAGUGGUCUUAUGUUGAUCAAAGCCAUAUUUUUGAAAACAAUUUCGGUGCGGUGGAAAUAGAAGGGAGGGUGUAUUUCGUCAUCAAUAAUUUCCCAGUUGAUAGUGGAAUUAGGAUUCCACCAGAAGAGGUGUAUUCUGUGCCUUUAGAUGAAUAUCCUGUGCCUUUAGAUGAAUAUCCUGUGCCUUUAGAUGAAUGGGAGAAUCUUAGAAAGAUUAAUAAUACCGCAGUGUUGUGCUACCUACUUAUGAAGAACGAGUGUUUAAAAGCAGAGUAAUGCUUGUAAUUUGAAUUUGUUGUUGUUAACUCUGUCAGCUGAAGAGUAAAUAAAAGUUCAAGUUAGUCAUGCUGGGGUGUUGUCCAAGCUCCAACAGACCCUGUUAUCGUUAUCUUUGCAGAUUAAUCUUUGCAUCACUGGGCGUAUGUCACCGGUAACUAAGCAACCAAAACAGGUGGGAAUCAGCAUAGUUCUCACUGAGAGUUCACGCGAACAGAAUACAAAAACAUUCUGGUUUCCAUCGAAGUUUCUGCAACCAGAAAACAGCAGAAAGAUGGUGGCUCACUCUAGGAUUCUCCUCUCUAAGUGUUCCCAGUUCCGUAGAGAAAGAGAAUUUAUCGACAUACGUUUGAAAGUGGGUGAUACACUUUUCCCAGCUCAUCGAGAUGUACUCGCUUCGUACAGCGAUUAUUUCCACUCCGUAUUUACUGAUGGGAAGGAAGCGAACAAGGCAGUGAUCGAACUGAAAGAUAAAAGUGUAUCACCGGAUAUAUUCAAGAUCAUUAUGGACUCUUUCUACAGUGGCGAUCUUCAUGUCAACCAGAAGAGCGUAUUUGAGGUUCUUCUCGCAGCUAGUCAGCUUAAAAUCUUAAGUGUUGUUCAACUGUGUUGUGAUUUCGUAAAGAAAUAA